AUGUUGGAGUUACAAGUAGGAAAAACCGAUUACGAAGAGAAACGAAAAACCGUAAAAACAAUUGUUUUAUGGUUUCUUGCUGCUAUCGUAUAUAUUUGUGUUUAUCAUGUAUUAUUUAAUCAAAUAUAUGUUAAAGAUGCUUAUUACAUUAGUUUUUACACUCCCUCAUGUUUUUCAUAUUAUUAUUUAACGGUUAAUCUAAGUCAAAGUACAAAUACUAUCAAGGAUGAUGAUAAAAACACGGAAACCACAACGUUCGAAAAAGAUUUAUCAUUAACAUCACAAGAAUUAAAAAUAUGUUAUGACCAAAUUCAUAUGGAACAUUUACGAUUGUAUAAAGAAUUAUCGGAUAAAGGUAUAACGAUAAAAAUUAGAUAUGAAUUUUGGGAAUUAAUAAAUGUGAUUAGUAUCGAAUUUGAAGAAAAACAUUUGGAAAUUAUUAAAAGUCUUAAAUAUGUUAAAAAUGUUCAACCUGUGUCUAAACAUAGAAUCCCGAUAAAAAGAAAAAAUCCAUCAUUAGAUUCUAAAAUCGUUAAUAAAAAGAGAGUUUCACGAUGGAAACGAGAUUAUAUUUCUUAUGAUGAUAUUAAACUUGCACCUGGAGUUGAUAUAAAUUUUGUUCAUAAUUUCACUGGAGUUUUUUCAGCACGAAAAUUAUUUAAAGUAACUGGGAAAGAUAUUAAAGUAGGAAUUGUAGAUACUGGAGUGGAUUAUAAUCAUCCAGCAUUAGGAGGAUGUUAUGGACCAAAAUGUCGAGUUCAAUAUGGAUAUAAUUUUGUAGAUGGUACAUCUGACCCAUUAGAUGAAUGUAUUGGACAUGGUACACAUGUAGCAGGGAUUAUAGGUGGUAACGAUACGGGUAAAGGUGGAACUGGAUUUUUAGGAGUAGCUCCCGAUGUUACAUUUGGUGUUUAUAAAGUGCUUGACUGUAGUGGAUCUGGAGAUAAUGAUGUGAUAAUGCAAGGAAUGCAAAUGGCUAAAGAUGACGGAAUGAGUAUUAUUAAUCUUUCAAUUUCAGGAGAAGGAUGGGCAGAAUCACCGAUGGCAGAAAUGACAAAUGUUUUAGCAAAAUUUGGAAUUUUAGUGGCAGUAGCAGAUGGAAAUUAUGGUAGUGAUGGAUUAUGGGAGUCAGGUAUUCCGGCCACAGGUGCUAAUGCUUUAGCAGUUUCGUCAGUGGAUAAUUCUCACCUUUUAGUACAAAAAGCUACUGGUGAAUAUAAUAAUGUUUCGGUAGAAAUUGAUUAUAUGACAAAAUAUGUAAGACCAUUCCCACUGACAAAAGUGAAAAUAGCAGUAUACCCGAAUGAUGACUGUCCUACUGAUCUCUCAAUUUAUAAAUCAAAAAUACUUAUGAUUGAUAUUCCGAAUAUGUUGUCGACUUGUUCUCUAGAUUCUACAUCAUUACAAGAAAAUGUAGUCGGAUUAUUUGCAGUAGAAUAUAAUAUAUCAGCACCAUCUUAUCCAUCAUUAUCAAUGCCUGAUUAUUUCACUGUUCCAUAUGCAACUUUAAUUCCCAAACAAUAUUAUAAUUUAGUUAAUAUCGUAAAUAAUUAUUCAGAUUUUGAAUUAGAUUUUUCUGAUAAAUACACUUAUACUGUAAUUAAUGAAUACGGAAAAUCCCCUUCUUAUUUUACUUCGUGGGGUCCAGCUCCAGAAUUAGAUAUGAAGCCAGAAAUUUCAGCACCUGGAGGAAUAAUAUUCUCAUUAUAUCCAUUAGUAUUUGGUGGAUACUCUCUUAUGUCUGGGACCAGCAUGGCAUCACCAUAUAUUGCAGGUUCAGCAGCUUUAAUUUUAGAAAAACUUAAAGUUAAAAAAUCAUUCGAAGUAACUCGUGCAUUACUUAUGAAUUUUGCAAUUCCUACAACGGAUGUGACAAUAAAUGAAAUUGCACCAAUAUAUCAACAAGGAGUUGGAUUCAUAAAUAUUCUUAAUUCAUUAUCAUCCUCAAUUACGAUUUCCCCCAUAAAAAUUAAUUUAAAUGAUACAAUUAAUGGAAAUUUCGAUUGGCAUACUUUGAAGAUUACGAAUGAAGGAAAUUCUAGCAUAAAUUAUACCUUAGUUCAUUGUCCCGUAAUAUCAGUUAAUGGUUAUAUUAGUGGAACCAAUUUUGGUGCCUCAUUCUUUCAAUUGAGUUUUAAUAAAACAAUUACUGCUGAAGUGGAAUUUGAUAAUACUUGGAUUGAAGUUGGUCCAAAAAUGAAUGCAAGUAUUAAGGUUAAAAUUACUCCUCCUAAAAUACUUGGUUCGGAAAAACGUUGGUUUUAUAAUGGUUACAUUCAAUUUAAACCAACUGAUAAUUCUUCAACUCUUUCUAUUCCUUAUGCCGGUUUAUCUACUCCCGCAAAAGAACUUCCAAUAUUUCCUACUCCUCAAUAUCCCCAACUCUUUAAUUCAGAUUAUAAUAUAUUAUAUUCCAACACUACUUUCACCAUGAAAAAUGGUGAUAUUCCUUAUAUUGCUUAUGCCUUAGUCACUCCUACCAGAUAUUUAGCCGCUUACAUAUUAGAUAAAAAUAAAAAAUUAUUGUUUUUAUAUGCUGAUGCUGAUUACGUUUGGAAAACCACCUAUUACACUUCGUAUUCUAUACCAGUAGUAUUUUCUUGGUCAGGGGUUGAUCUUUUGAAUAACGAUUUACCGAAUGGAACUUAUUUUUUAAAGUUAAGUGCCUUAAAAUUAUUAGGGGAUCAAAACAAUAAUACCGAAUAUGAAGAUUGGAUAUCUCCAGGAAUUAUUAUAAGUAGACCAAAAUAG